AAUUUGAUUUCGUUGGCCCUGUAUCUGGACGUGUGUAGUCAUUUCCAAUUCAAGUUAAAAUCCUAAGUUGUCGAAAGUUUCAUAGAUUCUCUCAUUACUAUUCUCGAUAAUUGCAUUGAAUUAAAUAUAUUAAUCAAAUAUCAGAGAUAGGCAUCAUAUGGUUCACGAUACGAAAAAAUCAAUGAGACGAAGCAGAUCUCGAGAGCGUGAACGAGACCGGGAGCGAGAUCGCGAAAGGCGUGAUCGAGGGAGAGGAAGAUCGAGAAGUCGCUCAAAGGAUCGUGGUAAAAAAGAUCGUAGUACCAGAGACGUAGUGAGAGACCGCUCACCCGACGGCGGUAACAGCGGCGGUGGUGCUGGAACCUCUCGAUCGAGGGAUCACGAUCGAGGAACUCGAGAACUAUUGAUUAGAAACGAGAACCUCCGAAGCGAGAGAAGCAAAGAGGAAAAAAAGCAUAGCAAGUUUAGGUCUAAUAUCAGUCCCGAUGAUGAUAAGACAGGCGAAAACAAUGGGCGGCUGGAAGGCGUAAAAAAGGUUCCUGCGACAGUGACUACCGCAGUAGUAGGAACAAUAAUAGAUGAUGAGCAUACAGUACAUGAGGAAGGUAAGGGUGCGGAACAACGAAAAAAAGAACCUUUAAGUCUUGAGGAGCUAUUAGCCAAAAAAAGGGCAGAAGAAGAUGCCAGAGCAAAACCAAAGUUUCUGACAAAAGAAGAAAGAGCAGCAAUAGCAUUGCAAAAAAGGCAGCAGGAAGUAGAUGCUAUUAGAAAAGCUCAAGAAGAGAGUCGCAGAGUUGGGCGAGGAGUGGGCGAUGGAUGCCCAGGUUUGGCAAGUGGCAAAAGAGAAGAAUGGGAUGAAAGAGAUAGGCGAAGGGAGAAUCAAAGAAAUCGAGAGGAAGACGUCAAAGACAAAGAUAAGGAGAAAGAGGUUGAAGCCAUAAAGGAACGAUAUUUAGGGCUGAUAAAAAAAAAGCGCAGAGUAAGACGCUUAAAUGAUAGAAAAUUUGUUUUUGACUGGGAUACCUCGGAGGAUACCUCUGUUGAUUACAACAACAUAUAUAAAGAGCGCCAUCAAGUUCAGUUUUUUGGUAGGGGAAAUCUUGCCGGCAUUGAUAUAAAGGCUCAAAAAAGAGAUCAAAGCAAAUUCUAUGGAGAGCUAUUAGAAAGGCGCAGAACAGAGGCUGAGAAGGAACAAGAGAAAAUGCGUUUGAAAAAAGUGAAAAGAAAAGAAGAAAAACAAAAGUGGGAUGAUCGGCAUUGGUCGGAGAAAGCUCUAGGAGAAAUGACAGAACGAGACUGGAGAAUAUUUCGUGAGGACUAUAAUAUAACGAUUAAAGGUGGUCGUAUCCCAAAUCCCAUACGUUCAUGGAAAGAAUCAGGUUUCCAAAAAGAAAUUCUCGACAUUAUCGAGAAAGUUGGUUAUAAGGAUCUUACUCCUAUACAGCGACAAGCGAUUCCCAUUGGUCUCCAGAACAGAGACAUUAUUGGUGUGGCGGAAACGGGUUCUGGUAAGACACUUGCUUUUCUCAUACCACUUUUAUUAUGGAUCACGAGUUUACCGAAGAUUGAACGCCUCGAAGAAGGCGAUCGGGGACCCUACAGCAUUAUUCUCGCCCCGACUCGUGAAUUAGCGCAACAAAUCGAGGAAGAAACGAGUAAGUUUGGUGAACCUUUGGGCAUCCGCACCGUCGUUGUUGUAGGUGGCCUAUCUCGAGAAGAGCAGGGUUUCAGACUCCAAAUGGGCUGUGAAAUUGUUAUUGCAACACCAGGAAGGCUUAUAGACGUUUUGGAAAAUCGAUAUUUGGUACUAAACCAGUGUACUUAUAUUGUUCUCGACGAAGCCGAUAGAAUGAUUGAUAUGGGUUUUGAACCAGACGUGCAAAAGAUUCUUGAGUAUAUGCCAGUAACGAAUUUGAAACCGGAUAACGAGGAUGCGGAAAACGAAGAAAAAUUGCUUGCCAAUUACAACACAAAAAAAAAAUUCAGACAGACUGUAAUGUUUACUGCAACGAUGCCGGCAGCAGUUGAAAGAUUAGCACGUACCUACCUUCGACGUCCCGCUAUAGUUUAUAUUGGAUCAGUGGGUAAACCGACGGAGAGAACCGAACAGAUAGUUCAUAUAAUGGGAGAAAAUGAUAAGCGUAGAAAACUAAUGGAAAUAUUGAGUCGCGGAGUUGAGCCUCCUGUAAUAAUAUUCGUUAACCAAAAAAAAGGAGCCGACGUGUUGGCUAAAGGGCUCGAAAAACUCGGCUACAACUCUUGCACUCUUCACGGUGGAAAAGGUCAAGAACAGCGAGAAUACGCUCUUGCAUCUCUUAAAAAUGGCAGUAAAGACAUUCUCGUUGCAACAGAUGUUGCUGGGCGUGGUAUUGAUAUCAAGGACGUUUCCAUGGUAAUCAAUUACGACAUGGCUAAGACCAUAGAAGAUUACACUCAUCGAAUCGGACGAACAGGUCGUGCCGGCAAAGCUGGCCUUGCGAUAUCUUUUUGCACUAAGGACGAUAGCCAUCUUUUUUAUGACCUCAAACAGACGAUACUUAGUAGUCCAAUAUCAACAUGUCCUCCGGAGUUACUCAAUCAUCCUGAGGCACAGCAUAAACCUGGCACUGUUGUAACAAAAAAACGUCGAGAAGAAAAAAUAUUCGCCUGAGAAAGGGAGUUCCUUGUUCAAUGUUCAAUGAGUAUUUGUAUACAAAUAAAGUUUCAAAUAUAGAUAAUACUCGGGGUGAAAACAUCGAA